AGGAGCGCUAAAAAUAACCGAGAACUCAUUUGCGCGUUGAUCGGCUUAGGCUCUCGUGACAAGUGUUUAGGAUCAUGCCAUGACAUUUGAAAAUAUAUGAAAUAAACGCUCGUGACAAGUAUUGUUCGUGUUCACCAGCUCCAUUUACAGCAUCUGAAUCUUUUACCUACGAAAAUACGGGGUUGAAUUGAUGUAAAAGGCAACGCCAUACUCAAAUAAUUGUUCAAGAUGUUGCGGAGUUUAAUUUUUAUAUUUUUUCUACAUUAUCUAAUAAAUUCUACAGCAUCUGAUAAGCCAUGUGACCCCGUAAAUUUUGGAGAGGGUAGCAUCGUGUGCAGAUGCAACUCCACUUACUGUGAUGAGUACGAUGAUCCGGUGCUCCCGACUGAAAAUGAAUUCAUAUGGUACGCAUCAAGCAAAGCUGGCUUAAGGUUGCACCGCGAAAAUGGAAAAAUUUCUUCUACCACUCGUUCGUCUCACAAAAUUAGAAUAAAUGCAAAUAAGCGAUAUCAAAGUGUAGAAGGUUUUGGAGGUGCUUUUACGGAUGCUGCUGGAAUAAACAUAAAAAAUCUCAGUGUAGAAGCUCAAGAUAAUUUACUAAGCUCGUACUUUGGUCCCAAAGGUGCCAAAUACAAUCUGGGCAGAGUUCCGAUAGGGGGUUCGGAUUUCUCAACCAGGGGUUACACGUACGACGAUACUCCUGGUGAUGAGCGACUAGAGCAUUUCAAUUUAGCAAAUGAUGACCUUGAGUAUAAAAUACCGGUGAUGAAAAAAGCUCUUGAAUUGAAUCCCGAACUUCGUUUCUUAUCGGCAGCUUGGACCGCUCCAAUAUGGAUGAAAAAUGAGCCCAAAUACUACGGCUACAGUUAUCUUCAAAAGGAUUAUUAUCAAGCCUUUUCUAAUUAUCUGAUUAAAUUUUUGGAAGCUUACAAGGAGCAUGGUCUCGAUAUGUGGGCGAUUUCUACCGGAAAUGAACCCUUUACAACCUUGCUACCAGUUAAAAUAAGUUCCAUGUUUUGGGCACCGAGUACCGUGUCGAAGUGGGUGGUUGAAAAUUUUGGGCCAACAUUACAAAAAUCAAGCAGCAACAAUACAAUCAUUUUGAUGGUGGACGAUCAACGAUUGUACUUGCCUUGGUUCAUGCUAGCUGUCAAAACUUUUGAUAAGCAGGCUUUAAGUUACAUAAGCGGAGUUGGAGUACACUGGUACACCGACGACUUUGUACCUGCGUCUUUCCUCGACUUGACUCAUAAAUUUAUUCCAGACAAGUUUAUCUUAAUGACAGAGGCUUGCGUAGGUGACAAACCUUGGGAGCAUCCAAAAGUUAUAUUAGGUUCAUGGGCGAGAGCUGAAAGACUGAUGGGUAAAAUGUUGCAGAAUUUGAACCACUGGGUCACGGGUUGGGUUGAUUGGAAUUUAGCUCUUAAUGAACAGGGUGGACCGAAUUGGAUAGAAAAUUUUGUCGAUGCUCCAAUAAUUGUUGAUGGAAGUAUCGAUUCGUUUUAUAAGCAGCCAAUGUUCUAUGUAUUGACCCAUUUCAGUAAAUUCGUACCUCGAGGAUCCGUGAGGAUCGAAAGUAUUAGCCAAAAUGCACAUGUACAGUCGAUAGCAUUUACUUCAAAAUCCGAUCAAACGAUCGUCAUUUUGUUCAACAAAAGCGAGAAAAAACAACAGAUAUCGGUGGUGGACGAUCGUGUCGGUGCAAUCGACAUUGAGCUACCAGCGUCUUCGUUCCACACUAUUCUUUAUAGUGGAUCUUCUAAACUUUUGUAACUUGUAAAUAGUACAAUCAUAUAAACAUUUUUUAUAAUAAUUUUUUCAAAAAACUGCGUAUGAAUAGUUUUUGGAAA